AUGACUGAACAACCCAUCUUUUUUAUCACAGGGACUGGAACAGAUGUUGGCAAGACUUUUGUAGCCAAACUGCUAGUGUACGGUUGGUACUGCAACUAUUGGAAACCGGUACAAACAGGAAUAGAAUCUGAUUGUGGGGACACCUUCACAGUGACUCAUUACCCGAUCGGGAAAUGGAACACCUUGGUGUUUCCUCCGAGAUACGAACUACAGAAACCGUUAUCACCUCUAGCUGCCAUGGAAUACGAGUCAAACGAUAACAAUAAAGACAUUAAGUUGGAAGACUUUCAAAUUCCAGAUGGAUCGAAUAAGGCUCCACUUAUUAUUGAAGGUGCUGGUGGAGUCUAUGUCCCCAUCACCAAAAAAUUAGAAAUUACCACUGAUCUAAUCACGCAUUUAAUUGAAUCUACUACAAGACCAUUCUAUGUUAUUGUGGUUGCUGACUCUGGUUUGGGAACGUUAAAUCAUUCUUUGUUAACUUGGGAACAUUUAAAACAAAAAGUCUCAAAGAAAAACUUAUUGGGAUGUAUUUUAAAUGGGAAAGCCAAUAAAAAUAAUAGACAAUUAUUAGAACAAUAUGGUAUUAAUAUAAUCACAGAAGUUCCAAUCUGUGAUAAUCUGGAGAUGUGUAUCCAAAUCAUUGAAAAACUACCAUCAUUAGAAUAUGUGAUUAACAAAUAUUAG